AUGAGCUACUGGUUAAGAUCUGCUAACAUGCAACCUCAAAAUGCAGUUAUAAUGGACCAACCCAUCAUGGAAGAAGUACAUGUUCAGCCAGAGAACCAACCACCUCCACCUGUUGAAAAUCAGCCACCACCACCUCCACCUAUUGAGAUUCAGCCACUAGUAUUGCAGGACCAACCACCACUGGUUCCAGUGCAGCCACCACCAGUUCAGGCCUCAGCUUCAGGGCAGGGUAGCAAUAGACCCACGCCCCCAGGUUUUUCAAACUCAAAGAUCAUGGUAAACUUAAAGCAUUACAAUGGUGACACUGAUGCCGUUCAGUGGUGGGCAAGUUUUCUUGCCUACAUUACCCUUCAGCGAAUGGCAGAAUGGGAGGCAAUUCUUGUACUUCCCUUUUAUUUAUGUGGCAUUGCCGAACAAUGGUUUGAAAUGAUUGAUUCAACCACAAAAGCCUCGUUGGCUAACAUAAAACUAUCCUUUCUCAACCGUUUUAAACAACACAAACAAGAAGACAUUGGUCUUACUUAUCUCCGCCAACAAGAAAAUGAACCGGUUGAUCAAUAUAUACACAGAGCCUUAAAUUACAAUAAAACGAACAGUGUUUCAGAACAAUUUUUAGUAAAACUUGCUUAUAGAGGUUUGAAACCACAAAUUCAACAGAUAGUUGUACCACAAAAUCCUGUGUCAAUGUCUGACUUACUCAGCAAAUCGAUUACAGCUGAAAUGACCGUCAAUAUGGUACAACCUCAACAAUCAAGUGUUGAAAAUUCUAUACUUAAAGCGGUUUCAUCCAUUGAAGAUAAAAUUAUGGACAAAAUUUCGUCUAGAUUAGACUCUAUAGCUGCAAUUAGUUCCAACAAACAACAAUCUGAUUAUGUGCCUUAUAAUCAAAGAAAUAACCAUGUUACUAACUUUCAAAAUUCACAAUCUUUUCAGGUGCCUACUUACAAUGACCGCCAGCCAAUGAUGCCAGUUCAAAGGCAAAGACCAGUAAUGAAUAAUGGUCCACCUGGAUCCUGUAUUGGGUGUGGCCACUCUUUGAUUAUUUGGAACAGUCUCCUUCUCACCUAUAUAGUCCUUUUAAGUAUGUUUUCUGUUGGUGCCACAACCUCAUCUCCCCAAGACGUUAUCCAAAGACUCAACUAUGGAGUAGUGUUUCGCCCAGAUUCAAAGAUGUACCUAGCCAAGGAAGCAUGGCUACACACAUUCCAAAUAGAUAUACCAAGACCCAGAGAAAUUCACAUUUCUAAAUUACCAAUUUGUUCAUACAAGAACCACUCCAGUAUAUGUUCCUCAAUGAACAGUAUGAGACAUUUUAUCCAGCAUUUACACGACUCAAUGGAACAUGAUUUGAAAGAAACAAUACAAGCGAUUAGAAUAUUAGUUCCUCAGACUAAAUUAUUUGAGUCAAAUAGAAAUGAUCGUGCCAUUCUCCCUUUUAUUGGCUCAAUGGCCAAAGGUUUAUUUGGAUUGGCAACAAUGAGUGAUGUUCAGUUGUUGGCCAAUCACAUAAAUGCUUUAAAUGCAAAAUCAAGAAGUAUCACUCAAGCUCUCCAGCAACAUAGUGAUCACCUUUCAUCUUUUGUGAAAGUGAUCGAUAAAAGAACAUCCAAUUUAAUGCAGGGUAUUAAAGACAAUUCAUUAGAAAUUCAGACAAUUGCCCAUUCAUUUCAAUUAGCAAUAGUUUCGUCGGAACAAUCCAUGGUGAAUAUUUCACAGAUUCUAAUCACCCUAACUAACAAUUUUAAUGUCUUGAAAUCUAACUUACUUCAGUUACAGAAUGCUUUUCAAUCCUUGGUAGAAGGGCGAAUUUCACCUUUCCUCAUUCCAAAGCAUGAUUUUUCUCGCACGCUUCACCAAAUUCAAAGCACUUUAAACAAGAAGUACCCUGGUUUCUAUUUAACACAUUCUCAUCCUUCAUAUUAUUACACUACAUCCAACUUUAUAUUUACCCGUAAUUUCUCAUCUCUUUUCAUCACGGUGCAAUUUCCAGUAUCCUCGCAUGCACAACCUCUUCAACUCUAUAAAAUCAUAUCUUUACCUGUACCAACCCCUACUAAUAAGACUACUAAGCAUGCUACUAAAUUGUUAGAUUUACCACAAUACCUUGCACUAACCUAUCAGCAUGAUUAUUACCUCCCCUUAUCAACUGAUGACCUAACAAAUUGUGUGCAUGGACCUAUUGUUUUCUGUACUUUUAAUAAGGCACUCAUUCCUAUAACUGUUCCUGACUGUUCCCUUGCAUUGUUCCAAAAUAAUGUCAAACAGGUAUCAAGACUUUGCAAUUUUAGGUUUCUAGAAAAUCACCUUUCUCAUGAUAUUAUUGAGUUAACACCAACUUCGGUGCUUGUUUACGACAGUGAAGAAUUGGACUUGAUUUGUCCUCAAAGCCAAAGAAAGAUACCUGGGUGCACAUUCUGUGUUAUCAACAUACCCUGCAAAUGUUCAUUGUCAACUAGGAAACUUUAUUUUUCUCCAAGAUUAGUUGAUUGUUAUGAGUCAAGUUCAAAUUUUUCUAUUUUUCACCCAGUUAAUUUAGCCCUUGUACAGGAAUUUUUCGAUGAAAAGCGAUUUACCUCACUUUUAGCAGAUUCCCUCUUUACAACGCCUGUACAAUUAGCAAUCCCAGAUUUUUCUUUUUAUAAUCAUAGUAUGUCAAACAUUUUAGCAGCAGACACAAAGACCCAUUUAAGUUUAAAGAAAAUAGCUGUUGCUGCUAAAAAGGAUAAAAUGAUUUUUAAAACUUUAACUGAACCCCUGUUGUCUGGAGAUAUAAGCUUGCAGUCUUCUUGGCUGGAUACAAAUACAAUUGUUAGUUUUUGUUCACUUGGCAUUGCUAUUCUUUCACUUUUCGCUUUCGCAUUUUUAUUUUGUAAAACCAGAAAGAUAGCAAUGACCAUGACAAUUAUGCAACAAAUGUCGCACACCAAGUCUCAGAGUGUACCCUCUUUUAUAUAUGUUAAACCCAAUCAACUUCCUGAAAUGAAACAAGAUGAUAUUAUGGAUAGAGUUAAGUCAUUUUUCUCAUCAGAAUUUUCAUGGGUACACGCUUCUGUUAUUUUAAGUAUUUUAGUUUUAAUCUUUUUGUUAUUUGUAAUAUGUUAUUUGUACAAAUCAAAGCACAAUCGGUGUACCUCAUUAGUUUUGGAAGUAACCUGUGGUGGCGACUGUGUUGUCAUCCCAAUAUUAGAUUUAUCCUUGUGCCCAUCUUAUUACGGAUUUUCAAGACCAUCGGUCUUAGAUUUGACUGUUGCCUCAUUCCCCUCAUGUAAAAUGUUUGCAGUGUGGUCAUCAUUUGAAGUUACAAACAAGCUUACUGAAAAGUUUGUCAAGAUUCCGACCACACUUACCCUAAGUUUUCUUCAGUCUUAUAGAAUUAAGAAAGUUUUGUCCCAGCCAUUUAAUGCCUAUAUUUAUGUGACACAUCAAGGUUUCGCCACUAUGUUGAGUCAGCCAGCAAAUGUUUCUAAGCAAACAGUUCAAGCAUUAGCAGCUGAUUCAGAUUCACUAUAUCCUAAUCUUUUAGCAUGAAUUUUCAAUUCAUAUCCUAAGUUAGUGAACCACUAAUUUUCAAAAAAGUUAAUUAUUGUAACUUGUUUGUCACAAUUCAAUGAUUCUGAAUGUAUAUAUAUAUGUGUAAAUAUAUGACCCUUGAUUUUUGGUUAUUAGACAUGACUUUAUCUAAAACUCCCCCUUUUAUGGCAGAUAUUAUGACCUUGAUGAGCAUGACUUGCAUUCAAAUUAUUUUAAUAUAUUACUGGUAUUAUAUUUUUUGGUUUAUAUAUAUGUAUAUAGAACUAUUGGCACCAUUGGCAACAGCAACCUGAAAAGUAGGCACCAUCGACAAAGAACCGUUGUGAAUAGAAAGCUUGAGUAUUGGAUACAUAUCAAUUUACUUGGACACUCCGUAUCAACCGUUGGAUUGGACCUAUUCAAAAUCCACAUGGACACUCCAUAUCAACCGUAGGAUCGAACUUAUUCUCGAAAUACAUAAGAACAUUCAUAGGAUGGAAUUCAUAUCGUAACCGACCAUUAUGUUUCCUCAAACCGUACCGUUGGACAUCCCAAAAUUAACCAUGAACAUGAUGACCGUCAACCUUUGUUCCAGCAGAUGUGUGUUUUUCAAAUGAACAAUCAAAAGACAUUAUAUUUUUCUAUUGAUGACAUUUAAUAAAAAAAAAUUGUUUAAUGAUAUAACAUUUUGAAGCUUUGGGGUCCAAAGCAGUUGGGCCAGGGAGGAGUUGUCACAGUGUAAUUUUGCUUAAAAAUUCUUAUUUGAAUUUUUAUUAAGAAAAGACUUAUUUUAAUAUUUGAAUUUUUAAAUUGCAAUAAUUUUAUUUUUAAUGAAAAACAUUUUGAAGUUUUGUUACAAAUGGACACUUUAUUUAUUCUUUGUUAUAUUUAGAAUUCUUUACUUUAUUUAUUUAUUCUUUUUCGCAUUUAGAAAUUCUUAAGGACAUAAGAAACAGGUGUUCAAUUAAGUAUUAACUUUUCUCUUUGUCAAAUCUUAAGUGACAUAUUUUAUUAUAUAAGAUCCUCUUACACUCUUUUGUUCAAAAAGAUGUAAAUUCUUUGUCUACAUUAGUUUCAAUUAAGCUCUUACGUAAAGCUUCUUUGAGCGAUAUAAGGGAUAAUCCUAACACGUGGUAACUUUAAUUUUUGUGUUACCAUGGAUUAAUAAGUAGAAACGAAUUCUGAUUGGUUGAACCUGCAAAAUUGUCCAAAUCUGUGAAUAGUCUUUAUUCACUAGAAAGCGUCACUUUUCAAAUUGAACGCAGUAAAUAAAGACUAUUCUUCAGAAAUCAGAUUUGACUAUUUUCAGGUAAGUGAAAAAUAAGUUUUAUUUUUAUUUUAAAAAUCUAUUUCUUUUAUAGAUUCAAAGUAUUUAUUUCAUUUUUACAAUGUAUAUUUAAAAGUUCUAAAUGCUCAUUCCAAUGAGUUAAGCCAAUUUAUUAUUUUUAAAGGAAAUUAUCAUUUUCAAUAGUUAGAGAAAGACGCCAAACCAGUUGGUCAAUUUUAAAUAUGUAUAUAUCUUUUUCAAGUUAAUAUUUUGAAAGUUUUUAUUAAUUUCAAACAUAUUAAGUAUUUUUGUAAAUGAACACUAGUUGCCAAAACUAGACUAAAAUGAACACGCUUCAUCAGAAGUAAUUUUUAUAUGGGAGAUAACUCCAGUUUUACCGCGACAAUUUCAUGAGCAAGUAAUAUGUCUCAAUUUACAGUUUACCCAUUAUUUAUGAACAAUGGUAGGUGUAAGAACAUUAUUAUUCAAAGCAUUAUGCAUUAGUUCUCAUAGUCGUUAGGUAACAGAAAGCUCUUAGAAGCUAUUAAACUGAUGUUCUCUAUUUUAUCCCAUUGCAAAGCCCAGUGUUGCACUUGUUUUCUUAUUUCAUAAGAUUCCCAGUUUGUUUACAUAGUUUUCUGGUUCAAAGUAAAUGCGUUUAUUGAACUUCCUUUAUUGUGUUAUAUGCUAGAUGUAUAAAGUCCCCCAUGUUCUUAUUUUUAGUAUGUGAGCUAGUCCCAGUCCCAAGUGUUAACUUUCACAGUUAUCUCCCCUUAAUAUGCAAAUUUGUUUACAACUGCUUGCUUUUCUGUAAAUAAUAGCCUUCAGCUAUGUUAUAAUGUAAAUACAUGUUUUAAUAGUAAAAGUUUCUGAGAAUAAGUCGAAAUUACUUUUAUAGAGAUAUUUGGUUGUUAAAAGAGAACAAAUGAAUAGUUUAUAAUUUUGUUUAAUUGUUUACUGCAAAUCCAAUGCAUGUCAGGCUGCACUAUUAAGAAACCAGUCAAACACUCUAGAGUUCACACCGUUCGAGGUGAAAUAGUAAGAAACUUCACAGUUCCAUCUUUAUUAUUAAUUACUCAUGAUUUGUUAUUGUAUCUCAUAUAUUGACUGCAUUGUUAUACUUUUAUUAUAUUAUGUAAUAUUGUUAUUAUAUAUAUAUGACUUUUCAAAUUGAACGCAGUAAAUAAAGACUAUUCUUCAGAAA